AUGGCGCCCGGUCAAGGUCAAAAGCGACCUCAAUACCAAUCUCGACGAGGAGGCCGCCGGAAUUAUCAGCAAAAGAGUCAUCAAACAAGUCCUCGAGAAUCGAAGACACAACACAAUAGUGGUAUGGAGUCCAACAAGAAACCAAAUGCUCAAUCGGCUCCACAAACACGUUCAUUGUCUGCCUUGCAGAUGAUCCUCAAUUUUACCAAGGAAUGGUCCCCUGAACUGCAUCACAACCAUCAGCCAUUCACAAAGUUGCCUGGAGAUGUGGCAUUGUGCAUCAUGGAUCAUCUCAAAGAUCCAGUCGACAAAAUGUCAUUGGCACUGACUACGAAGAGUAUGUGGGAAUGGUCACAGAAGGUACUGAAACUACAAGACUUCAAGCUCCAACAAGUUCUGCCGAUUCGUGCUAGUGAGAGACGGGGUACUGUCAAACCGUGGCCGUACUUUAGAUCUUAUCGUUGGCGAUUGAUUGAGAGACUCGAGGACGAACACUGGAAGGCCUGUUCAGGUUGUUUGAGACUUCACCCAAAGACGGAGUUUUUCACCAGCGAGUUAAAAGAACCAGCCAACGAGCGUUACUGCCGAGCACCGGGCCUCAUUCAAAUUUGCCCUCACCUUCUGUUGACAUACAAAAAAUGCGAGACUCUGCAGAAGGUGCUGGCCUCCCAGGCUGAAGAGAAUAAAGUCAGAAAACAAGAUACCGACUUCGACAAGUACCUUUAUCACGAGUGUGUCAGAGGAGCAGAGUAUACUAAGGAAGCAGGCCAUUUCAAACUCAUUAUCGGAACACAACCAUUCGUCACUGAUAGCAAACAACAGCUCGUAUUCCGACAGAGGUACACCCUUCAUAUCAACUCGGAGAGUAUGAAGAAAGACCUGAACCAGAUUGGAACCCGAUCUUUGUUUCCUAAUCUAUGCCCUCAUCGAAGCAUCGCCACGCACUGUUUGGACAUGCUUGACAAGCAAGGUCCUUGGAAUAAUGACAAGAUCGUCAAGGACGAUGCUGGUGAUAAUGUCACAUGCAAAGGAUGCGGCACGUAUUUUUCUGGCUUUAAGCGCUAUGUGCAUUCGACCUCGAAAAUGUGCAGGAUCGAUUUCUUUACUUCGAAAAUCCUCAGCAAAAAAGAUUUCGAAUUGCGAGACUGCCUGACUGGCCACGGCAUUGCAGACGAAUUGCAAUCUUGGAUCGACAAGACGCAACUGGCCAAUAUCGUGGAUGUCACCGACUCUGUACACUAUGGCUGCAAAUGUCUAAAAAAAUGCCGGAAACUGGGCUUUAUUCCCAUUUCAUGUCCCUCGGGACGGGCUUCUUUACCUGAUACCAGCUGGAAAGGGGAUGAGCCUGUCUGGCCAUACUAG